CCUGGAGACUUCAUAAUCAUCCAUUCGAUUGUCUGCCCUUCCUUCCCGCGAAACUCUGCUUCUUUGAGUUUCUCUCAUUCAUUCUCUCGUCCCUUCUCUCCUUUCCCACCUAUAUUAAUCGCCGCCGUUGCACUGCACCGUAUGUGAUCACUAACCAAACCCAACUAACCCUUUUCCUCGGGCGCCUGACCUGUCCCCUUCUCAGCCUUCAUUCAACUUCCCACCGCCCAUCACCCAUCAUCUCCCGCAACUGCUUCUCUUCCUUCCCCUAUCAUUGCCUCGCUCCUGGACGAUCGCCCUGUCGAUUUUCAUCCUUUGCUGAUCCUCUUUUGCUUCAAGAUGGCCGAGAUCCGUCGCAAGCUCGUUAUCGUUGGUGAUGGUGCCUGCGGUAAGACCUGUCUGUUGAUCGUCUUCUCCAAGGGUACCUUCCCUGAGGUCUACGUCCCCACUGUCUUUGAGAACUACGUCGCCGAUGUCGAAGUCGAUAACAAGCACGUCGAACUCGCUCUUUGGGAUACUGCUGGUCAGGAAGAUUAUGACCGUCUCCGCCCUCUUUCCUACCCCGACUCCCACGUUAUCUUGAUCUGUUUCGCGGUCGACUCUCCCGAUUCCCUUGACAACGUCCAGGAGAAGUGGAUUUCUGAAGUCCUUCACUUCUGCCAGGGUCUUCCCAUCAUCCUUGUUGGCUGCAAGAUGGAUCUGCGUCACGACCCCAAGACCAACGAGGAGCUGAACAAGACUUCUCAGAAGCCCGUCAGCCCUGAACAGGGUGAGGAGGUUCGCAAGAAGAUCGGUGCCUACAAGUACCUCGAGUGCUCUGCACGAACCAACGAGGGUGUCCGUGAGGUCUUCGAGGCUGCCACCCGGGCUGCUCUCUUGACCAAGGCUCACAAGAGCAAGAAGAAGUGCACCAUCCUGUAAACUAGUUUUGCCUCCUUCGUGAAGG